AUGAAAUCUUCCUCCGGAUCUUCCUCCGGAUCCCACUCGUGGACCAAGCAAGACUACAUCCUCGUGUCCCUGGCGAUACUGAUAAAGAUUGGGGACGGAGUUGAGGCUUACCUCCCUGGGGUCAUCACACAGAAGGUGUCCUGUGAACUCGGUCUAUCGGACUUUCAAGAGGGACUCCUAGCAGUCAUUGUUUACUUGUUCUGGGCAAUCGCAGUCAUGAUGUCAGUUUUUAUUUCGAAAAUGUUGGGAGAAAGAUUUACACUGCUUUUGUCACUCUAUCUGUCCAUUGGGUUCGCUAUCCUGUGUGCGGUGGUUCCUAAUUAUUAUACCCUUCUUCUCUCCAGAGCCUUAACCGGUAUCUGCGUUGGAUUGAACAGUUGUGCAACUGGGAUAUUACUCGCCAAGCUCGUUUCCUUCAAAGAAGUCCUCACUCGAAGCGCUUUUCUUUCAGAAGCUCUUGGUUUUGCAGUCGGAGGAACUUGGGUUUCCAUUUUGGGAUGGCUGAUUCUAGACCUGGUAAGCUGGAGAGUUUUCGUUCUGCUGACUUCCAUUCCACUAUUUGUUCCUCCAAUCAUCAUGCUCCACUUUUGCAUCGGUAAAGAAACAGAAGAAGCCACACAAGGAGACAGUGAGCUGGAGGCUGAGAACAAUGUUGCCCCGACUGAAAGUGACAGCCUUAUAGUUACUGGUAACCUUAUAGUCUACAAGAAUUCUCAAAGUGUACCCAAUUUCACUGCACGGGUUAUCAAAUCAAGCCUGUUCUUCUUCUGCAACCUAUGCGUUGGAUAUGGAAGCAUUAUUCUUCUUCCAUGGCUAAUGAGAAACUACAAGAGAGGUCUUGACGAUGGUCAUGAAGGUGGUAAGUGUGAGGAAGUGGUGCAAGGUACUGAUUUCCUGAUUCUGGCAGCAGUAACUGGUGCUACAAACCUCAUCGGGCGACCAUUGGGAUACUAUCUGUGGAGUCGCGUAAAGUUUCUGAUCCUCCAAUUCACCAUCACAGCCAUAAUGGCUCUGAGUUUCGGUAUUAUUGUGGCAAAUCCUGGUAUUACAGCUUCGGUCAUUUUAAUAGGCGUGGCAAAGAUGUGUUAUUCCAUACAGUCAGUUGAAAAUGCUAUUCUAUUAUACGAUUAUGAUUACUUUGGGAAGUUGCGAUUUGAGUUGGGGAGUAGCAUUUCCAUCGCGUCAGGAAUGUUUGGAAGCAUGUUAGGCACCUCUCUAGCUGCAUUCCUACAUCCUUUCACCGCAGUUGUAACCACCUUAGUGAUAGUGUGUGUCGAGCUCGUUGUCAUCUGCUUCAUGAAGGAACGAUUUUGA